UGAAAAGCCAGAAACAUGUUUUUUCUGGCCAGCUUGACACAGGUCUCGCGCAGUACGCAGGUCCCCAUCAACACACACACGAUGACGGACAUGAUCUCGGCGGUGCGGCUCUCGGUGCUCAGCCUGCUCCUGGUCCUGCAGCUGGGCAGAGCUUCAGCCCGGAGCCCCCACACGACAGACCAGGUGUCCGAGGCCGACAUCCAGCGCCUCCUGCACGGCGUCAUGGAACAGCUGGGCAUCGCUCGGCCCAGGGUGGAGUACCCGGCUCACCAGGCCACCAACAUCGUGGGUCCUCAGAGCAUACAGGGUGGUGCUCACGAGGGGCUGCAGCACCUCGGCCCCUUUGGAAACAUCCCUAACAUUGUGGCCGAGCUGACUGGAGACAACGUUCCCAAAGACUUCAGCGAGGAUCACGGGUACCCAGACCCUCCGAACCCCUGUCCUCUGGAGAAGACAGCAGCAGACGGCUGUUUGGAAAACGCUCCGGACACAGCCGAGUUCAGCAGAGAGUUUCAGAAACACCAGCACCUGUUUGACCCCGAGCACGACUACCCAGCGCUGGCUAAGUGGAACAAGGAGCUUUUGUAUCAGAAACUGAAGGGUGGACCCAAAAGAAGAAAAAGGAGCGUGAACCCGUACCUGAUGGGCCAGAGGCUGGACAACGUGGUCGCCAAAAAGUCUGUUCCUCACUUCUCUGAGGAAGAGGAGGAAGCGGCACCGACGGUCCUCUGCUGCCAGCAGAACCAGCACCUAAACUCCUGCAGCACUCUGUAAUAUUUACUAUACUUCCAGAAACAAGUUUUUAACUGUGUGUUUAAAUCUUGAUUGGCAGUGUACAUUAUACCUAGAAAUGUAUUAUGAGUUGAAUAUGGAUCUGGGGGAAUGUUGAAUAAGAUGGUAAUUCUUAUUCAUGACUGUACAGAAAUGAAUUAACUCACUCUGAAGUUAGGUUUUUUGUAUGUCUUGAUAUUUCCAGUUAAUCACAUCUGAAGCAAAGAUUCAAUAUAAGUCACAUUAAUCUUGGAAGCAAAGUAGCGGCUUUGCUUCGUCUUGUGAAGGAUGAUUUUAAACUCCACUGUAGCAUGGUAAAUACUGUAGCUAUUCUACUGAUCUGCUUCUGUCACCAUACUGCAGUCUCUAAUGUUUGUGUUAUGUUUGUGU